AAAUGAUUCGAGCACAAGUAACAGGAGGUUUCCAGCGGAACUUGGAAUCAAGUGAAGGUAAAGUUAGUGGCCUACAGAAUAAUCUCAAUUAUGUUAGCGGUCUACAGAAUAAUCUUGGCUAUGUUAGAGGUCUACAGAAUAAUCUCAGUUAUGUUAAUGAAACAAAUAAAGAUUUGAGGAAGUUUGCAGAAAAACAAACGGUAACUAGUGAUUUUGCUGAUAGAAAUUAUUUCAACUGCAUUAAGUUCACGAAGCCCCAAAUUAUUAUCAAUGACUCGAAUAUUUGGAGCGAAUCAUUUGAUUCUAAUAUCUCAAAUUCAAAUUUCCUUUCCAUAGAAUCAAAUGUAUAUUUUGGAACUUCAGCUGCUUCACAUGCUAAAGUUGAAAAGCUAAUUAAAUUACUUGUGGACAAAAAAAAAGAAAUUGAUAAAGUGUUUGAAUCACAACCUGAAUAUUUUAUAGGACUUGAUUUCCAUGAAAAUUCCUCUGUACCACAUAUUUCUUGUUGGACUACUGAACCACUUGAUAUAAUAAUUCUAGAAAAGCUCGAAGAAUUAUUUGAUGAUGAGUUUGAAGCCAUGAAUUUUAUUAUUUCGGCUUAUCUACAGGCAAAGGUUUAUUCUCUUCCUGAUGAAAGAAAUCGAAAAAAUUUAAAAUUUUCUAUAGAUGUAAAUGACUGUAGAAUUGGAACAAUGCUUAGUGAAAACUGGCCACCACUUCGUAAACUGGGUUCUGGUUAUUUUCUUGAUUCUGUUGAAAUUUGGGUCACUCCAAUUAAAGAUGAAUCCAUGCCUAACAAGCUCUUAUACAAAGUAAAAGAUGGUCCGUGGCCACAACAAUCUAAUAGUGAUGUUGAUAUUUCUAAAGUUCAUGAAUCUAAACAUGGCAUCAGUGCAUCAAUUAGUAGAGAUCCUGGGGCUAUAUUAAGCAAAGGUAUAAUGAAUGGACAAGAAAUUAAGUCUGUAACUAAGGAAUGGGAAUUGACAGUUGAUGGCAGUUGUAGAACUGGAUUGGGCUGGAGAUAUCAAUAUACUGCUGAAAACCUUCAUAAAAAUUUUAAACGUAGAAGAAAUUUUGCCCCUGGAAUACAUUCCUGUCACUGGGAAACCUUAGAACCAAUGAGUGGAUUUCAUAUUACUAUUAACCAGGUGAUAUGCUGCAAAAUUACUGAUGGUUGGCGAAAGUUAAAACCAUAUACAAAAUCAAACUUAAUGCAAAUAUGUCCCAAGAUGUCUCAUACUAUUAAAAUAACUUUUAAUAGUCUUGAAAGCUUUAAUGAAAAUUUUGAAAAACUUAUGAAAUCUAAAGAAUCUCAUGACGAUCUUAUUAAUGUCACUUUAGUAAAAAAAGCCUCGCCCCAAAUAGAAGAUCCAAACGGGGGAAAUAUUAUUGAGCGCUCAGUCAAAAUAUUCACGAAGCCCCAAAUUUCCAUUAAUAAGUUGGAUAUUUGGAGUGACUCAUUUGAUUCAAAUUUCCUUUCCAUAGAAUCAAAUGUAUAUUUUGGAACUUCAGCUGAUUCACAUGCUAAAGUUGAAAAGCUAAUUGAAUUACUUAUGGACAAAAAAGAAAAAAUCGAUGAAGUGUUUAAGUCACAAUCUGCAUAUUUUAUAGGACCUGAUUUCCAUGAAAAUUCCUCUCUUGAAGAAUUAUUUGAUGGUGAGUUUGAAGCUAUGAGUUAUGUGAUAACUUCUACAAAUGAUGAAUACAUAGAUGAAGAAAUAAAUGAAAAUGAAUAUUCUGCUA